UAAUCAAUGCGUCUAUAUAUUGUUUACAUUGCACUGCUUUCCUGAGAGACCAUUCUUUCCUCUCGAUCCAAGCGUUUGGGCAAUCUUGCGUUUAUGAAAACGAAGGCAUCCCGCUCGGAAUAAAUUUCUGAUACUUUCGGAUAAAAGAAAUUGCAAUUGUAAGGAUGAAGACAUUCUUUCAUACAGUGCUAAUUGUACUUGGCGUCUUCAAUGUCAUGGGAGACUGGAGCAAAGAUAACGAAUGGUCGCCAUGCUCACGGUCAUGUGGAGGUGGAAUAACCCGUCAACAACGUAUUUGUUUGAAAGGAAAGUGCGAAGGAGAAGCGACACUUUUUAAAACGUGUAACAUUCAGGAUUGUCCUGAUAAAAAUGCUGACUUUCGGGCUGAGCAAUGCGCUUCGUAUAACUCCAUAACGUUCAGAAACGAAACCUACGAAUGGGUUCCGUACUCUGGUCCACUGGACAAUCCCUGUUCUCUGAGUUGCAUGCCGAAAAAUGCUUUCUUCUAUAAAUCCUUUAAAGAGAAAGUUGUUGAUGGUACUCGUUGCUCUACAUACUCCCAUGACAUGUGUGUAGAAGGUGAAUGCAAGAAAGCCGGUUGUGACUUAAUCCUUGGAUCAGAAUUGAAAGAAGACAAAUGUCGAGUGUGUAAUGGUAAAGGGCAGAACUGUCGAACAGUCAAGAAUGAAUACAUAAAACAGUUGAAAGGAAUAGGAGGUUAUCACGAUAUUCUCGAGUUACCCAAGGGAGCCACAAAUAUUCUUAUCACAGAAAAAGAAAUUUCUUUGAAAAAUUUCCUUGCAAUGAGAACGAACGAUUCCUACAUUUUUAACGGUAACCGUCGAAUCAAAGGUUCUUCUUACAAAUACAAAGCUGCGGGAAGUUUGGUGGAUUACAGAAAAAAAGGCAGAAAAGAAAGCAUUUUUGUUCUUGGACCAACAUCUGAAUCUCUCUACCUUGCGGUGCUACAAUUGACCAAAGAUGUUGCCAUCACUUACGAAUACUCCGUUCAUAAAUCUCAGACAAAAAUAGACAGCAUGAUAACAUAUUCUUGGAAAGUUGGCAAAUACGGACCUUGCGAUAAAAGCUGCAAUGGAGGAACAAAAAAACGCGACGUCCAAUGCCUACAGGAUCGUGAUAAGUCACCGGUCGAUGACGUGAAAUGUGAGCCUGCGAUAAAACCAGAUAGCAAAACAGUCUGUAAUACACAGCAUUGUCCACCACGAUGGUUUAUUGGCUCGUGGUCGCCGUGUAGCAGAAGUUGUGAAGAAGGAACACAAGUUAGACGAGUUCACUGCGAAAUGGACACAAAAAGUGGAAUAAAGAUGGUAAAUGAGAACCUCUGCUCAGGUACCAAGGUCAUAACGCAGAGGAAAUGUGUCGAGCUACCUGAAUGCCCAAAUUGGAAAUUGGGAAAUUGGUCAAAGUGUUCCAAGACUUGUGGUGGAGGAAUUCGUUCACGUUCCGUGUAUUGUAUGGAGAUCAACGAUAACCUUAUAAGUGACGACAGAUGUCCGGAGCAUAGCAGACCACGUGAUCAGGAAAGAUGCAACGAAAUACCGUGUGAAGUACGUUGGGUCACCGGAGAUUGGGGAAAAUGUGAGCCGUCGUGUGAGAAAGGUAUAAGAACAAGACCAGUGUACUGUGCCAGUGUAUCACAGCCAGGUCGCAGGUAUCCUGAUUAUAUUUGCAAUCCAAAUGAUAAACCCGAUGAUAUGAAACAAUGUAACAGCUCAGUGACGUGUCCUCCCAUGUGGUAUGCCUCUAUGUGGAGUAAGUGUACAGCAAAAUGUGGCAAAGGGAUUCAAAUGCGGAAUGUCUUUUGUGGCGUCAAAAAAUCGACCAACACUUUAAAUAUCCUUCCCAAUGGUAACUGCACCCUUCUCCCAUUACUGAAGAAAACACAAUACUGCAUAAUAAGACCAUGCUACACACAGUGGAUCGCGUUGUCUUGGCAACAGUGUUCAUCAACAUGUGGGUCAGGUAAAAGACUUCGUGAAGUGAAAUGUUACGCUGACAACGAAGAAGACAAGACGAGAAAGUCUUGCGAUCCGAAGUUGAAACCUCCCACUGAAGAUAUCUGUAACUUGAUAGAUUGCCCAAAUGAGCCGAGGGAAACGAGACAAAAAUCAACAGUAACACGGCCAAUUUUAACCGUUACAACACCAAGAGCAACGAGAGGAACAACAACACAAGUAACUACACAGGCACCCCUGCUUACAACAAGACCAAAUGUUGUUACGAUCGUAUCAAGAAAAGAAGAUCUCUCAGACAUCAAAAAUACACUGGCAACAACUAAGGCAACAAAAAUCAAGGCAAUAACUGAAGUAACGACUAAAGCAACACGAGCAACAACACAAACGACAGUAACACAAACAAGCAAGCCAACUACGAAGAGGUUAUCUACAUUUCUUUUUCCACAAAUCAACGACGAGAACAAUGUCGCUGGAAUGUCUAAGCUUGCUAAAAUAGUUAUUGGACCAGAGAGCUCGGAAACCGUAGCGGGAAGGGACAUCACCAUGCCGUGCGUCGCUACAGGCAACCCAAAACCGGAAAUCUUUUGGCUUAAAGGUAAUCUUGAUGUCUCGGUGUUCGGGCAAAGGUUUAAAGUAUUUCCUAAUGGAACUUUAAAGAUCAGUCAAGUACAAGAAGUAGACGAAGACCUUUAUACAUGUGUAGCAAACAACAUUAUCUCGAGAAGAUCUCAAGCAGCCUAUCUCAGCGUUUCAACUCCUCCUCAAGUUACAAUAUCAAAGGGAUACACUGUGAAACAAGGGGGAAAAGCAACAAUUAAUUGCACAGCAAGAGGUAGACCACGACCUACGCUACAAUGGUACAAAAAUGGUGUACCCCUGCCUUUACAGAUAUCCUCAAAAAUACGUGUAACGUCAACUAAAAUAUACAUUAGGAAAACCACAAUAGAGGAUCAUGGCAACUAUUAUUGCAAAGCAACGAAUAAGAAUGGAGAGCGAGUAGCUCACAUGAUGCUUGACGUCAUGCCAGAUGAGAAAACUCGAAUGCAUGAUCUUCUUAAUGGAAACUGCGAAGACAGUACACUGGAGUCGUGCGCAAUGAUUGGUAAAAUUGAUGGCUACUGUGAUAGACCAUAUUAUCAAAAACUUUGCUGUUUAACUUGUCGCGCAAGAAAUAAACUACAGCGUUUGAAAGGAAUGUAGAAAGCUUGAGCAAAGCUUAAAUAUGUUAAGCAAAACUCUGUGAUAUAUACAUUACAGAAUAUUACUAAGAUUUAAAAUUGGUAUGUGACGGAAAGCUUUGCAAUUGUUUGUGAAAAACGAGAAAGUUAUGUGAUAGUAUAGUAUCAUGUGUAAAGAAGGAAAGCAUCUCCCGUUAAGACUAAAACGUCCAGUUAUACAGGUCUAUGUAAUGGUUGUGUAACGCGAGUGGAGAUUUUUUAGUCAAGUUUGUUUUUGUAAUGAAAUUAAUUUUCUCGAAGUAAUAAAUGAACCAUUUAGUAAACAAUCGGGAAAAAAUUAUCGAUGAUUUGAAUUAGGACGUAUGUUAAAGAAAUAAUAAUGCCGCUUGCUUUGUGAUGAAAAAAAUAGAUAUUCUUUGUUGAAGACAGA